AGCGAAUCACUAUAGAUGUUUGUCAUCCUCAGAAAUAGCAGUUUGUUGGCAAACCAGCAUUUCGCAGCUAAAGCUCGUCACAGCUUCCUGUGUGGUGCGCAGCUUGUCAGUUUGAUCAGGAGGAGUGCACACUGACAGACUCUUCUGGCAGCUAAAUCAAAAACUACAAGAAAUCCAGUAAUCAAAAAUGUCGAACCCAGUGGUCACUCAUCAACCAGGUGCAGGCGGCUAUGGGACAAAUGUCCAAACAGGAGAGUGGAGCACCGGCCUGUGCUCCUGCUGCAGUGACAUGUUAGUCUGUGCUCUUGGUUGCAUCUGUCCAAUUGCAUUGAGCUGCUACACAGCAAACAAGUAUGGGGAAAACUGCUGCUUGGGUUGUUUGCCAGGAGGCUUAACUGCCAUGAGGACUCAUAUGAGACUGACCUAUGGUAUUCAGGGAACAAUAAUCAAUGAUGCCUUGAUGACCUUUUGCUGCGGAAUCUGUGAGACAUGCAGGAUGGCACGAGAAAUCCGCAUCAGGAAUGGAGACAUUUCGCCGUAACAAGGCAUAAAGGAUUCUGGCCCAUACAGUAUUUUCUCUUUGUUGACAUCCAGCCAUUGUGGAAGUAAUUUGUUUAUGCCUGUAGCAGGCCUAGCUUUGAUAGAAACAACAAAGAAGGCACAGUUAAUGAAUUAUGCAAUUCCUGCCAUUCCAUAAUUUUUCCUAUAGUCUUAAAAUAUACCUGUGUAACAGUGUCACAAAGUGCUGUUAAAGUGCAUUACUGUAAAGAAAUUGCAAUGUUCAAUCACUCACAACAUCAAAAAUUUCGUUUAAACAUGAUCCAUUGUGUAUAACAUUUUCAAUAAAAAUAUUGUUUAAUGUUAUUUCAUUUCCUUUUAAUGUAGGAAAUUAUAUAGCAACUUAAGAUAUGAUGAUCUACAUGGCGCUCAGACAAGAAAAUGUGUCCUAUGUGGAUUAUUUUGGUUAUAAUUAACCCUUUCUUAAACCAUUUAAUCACACUCUUUUUGGCUUAGUGAACCUGACCACUUAAAAUAAUGUGUGUACUUAUGAUACUUUAUCACAAGGACAUCAGGUGAGAGCAUUUCAACAAAAGAGUAAUUUCCUUCUCCAAUUUUUUCAUUAGAAGGAUUUUGUAGAGGCUUGUAGAGGUAAAAGUAUUCAGUAUUUCACAAGAACAGACGCAAAAUCAGAAACAAGAGAAGGAUCUGGUGCCCUGUAUGUUGGAACCACUGCUGUCACUCACUGUGGUGCAAGGUUUGUUCAGAUAUGAUGAAAACACCAUGCAUAAAUUCAUUGAGUUUGUAUGUUUUCUUUUUUAUUUUCAAGUCUCCUUUGGAGCAUUUGCGAUUUAAUUGCAUGUACAAUCUACUGAACAAAGUCAUACACAGUCCAUACACACUGCGAUACACACUGCGGUUAUAUUGAAAAAUUCACACUGCCUAACCCCUUCCCUUCCAUGUACGUCAGAAUGCACAACGCUAUGAUUGGUGUUUUUGCCUGUAGCAGGCCUAGCUUUCAUGCAAACAAUAAAGAAGGAGCAGCUAAUGAAUUAUGCAAUUCAAUGUAUUAAGUGUGAUUUUACCUGUUGCCUUAUAAUAUACCUAUGUAACAGUGUGACGAAGUGCUACUGAUUUGCAUUACUGUAAAUAAAUUGCAUUGUUAAAUCAA